AGACGAUAAUUUAACAGACGGCGUUUUGCCCCCCUGUGUAUGUACACAUAUGUGGGCAUUUCGCACCUACAUACCUACUGGGAUUGGGAGCGGGGUGGACUACCUACCUACCCAGCCAUAACUUAGCCACCACUUAAGGUACCUAUGUACUACGUAGUGCUCUUAUACCAUACCGAAGCGUUUCCAUCUACCGUCCUAUCAAUCCGCGACAACAUAAACACCCAGAUACAGACUCACCCGUCUUCUCUCCCACUGACCAUCUCACCGCGAACCGAAGAUGGCGGCCAACACGAAAUAUAGCCCUGCCCCGACGCAAGAUCCCGACGCCGGCACCUGGUCCCAGGCUCCGCCGUCAUACCAAGCCACCGAUGCCGGUUCAUCUUCCGCCGGUCUAUUUGCCGCCCCGCGAAGCAGCGAGGACAACAUCCCCGACGACUUCAAGUUCGGCGGCUCUGUCGCCGAGGCCACCGUCGAUAUCCGUAAUCAGUUCAUUCGAAAGGUCUAUACUAUCCUUACCGCACAACUACUGGUCACCGCUGUGGUCAGUGGUCUUAGCUUCUGGAGCCUGGAUUACAAGAUCUGGAUUCAAUCGCACCCUGCUCUAGUUUGGCUUUCGCUUAUUGGCUCACUCGGUUUCUUGCUCCUCACCUACUGGAAGCGCAAGAGUUACCCGACGAACCUACUUUUUCUCUCUGGAUUCACGCUUUUCGAGGCCUAUGCCAUAUCUGUCGUUGUCUCUUUCUUUGAGACACGGAUUGUCCUCAAUGCUGUCAUUCUUACAGGUGGAAUCUUCGUCUUCUUGACUCUCUUCGCUUGUCAGACGAAGUAUGACUUCACCUCGUGGAUGCCCUACCUCUUUGGCGCCCUUUGGGGUCUACUCCUUUUUGGCUUCAUGAUGAUCUUCUUCCAGAAUAGCAGUACCGGCGAACUCAUCUACGGUGGUCUCUCUGCCCUCAUCUUCUCUGCCUACAUCCUCGUCGACACCCAGCUUGUCAUCCGCAAGCACCACGUUGAAGAGGAGAUCGCGGCCGCCAUCAGCCUGUAUCUCGACAUCAUCAACCUGUUUCUGGCCAUCCUACGCAUUCUCAACAGCCAGAGUAGCAACUAGACUGAGCGGAGAGGGGCACGGUGUUGAUAGAAUUCGCUUUAGGCGGAUGGACGAAGUUCUAGUUACUAGGACAUGGGGGUACCUUCGUAACCGAAGAAUAAACCUGACAAUCAGAGAUUCCUCGGUGUGAAAAAAAUCCACAUGCCAUUGUAUUCUUUAUUUUCCCUUUACAAUUUGCACACUUUCUCUGAUUUGCUUGUGUUAUUAAUUUGGGAAUGGCGUCUUAACAAGGGGGGAUUGCUUGAUCCUGUUUUUUAGGUGUUUUCAUUACUACCGGCUCGGCUUCAUAGCAAUACCAUCCGAACCGAAUUAUGGAUAUCGAAUCCACUUCCCAACGG